AUGGCCCUUCGUAUGGGUGGUGCAUCACGUCCAAUGGGUGUUCGGAGUUGUAUAAUUCGAAAUGAUUCUGAUCAAGACGUUUACAUUAAUUUAGUGUAUAAGCAAUUUGAAGACGAAGCCGAAAGUAACAUUGCUCACCAACAUGAUAUAAAUUUAUCUCCAGGUGAAGCAUAUCAAGCUGUAGCUAGACAAGUCGUAAUGGGUUCAGCUAAAUUGUCGGCAGACAUAGAAGUUAUUGAAAUUACUCCAGCGAAUAAUGAAACGAUGAAACUCGAACAACCAUUUGAUGGUGUAGAAAAAAUAGAACGUGACUGGCUUUUUGUCAUUGACAAUGAAGGUAUCCAUUCGGUUGGAAGGAACAGUGAGAGUGGACAAUAA